AUCUUCCAUGCUCCCCUCCCUCCUUCCCUCCCUCCCUCCUUUUCUCUCCUUCUCCCUGCCUGGGAGGGGGUCCGGCGGCCUGCUCUAGCCAAGAAUGCAAUUUAAAUGUUUUUUGGGGAGGGGAAGGGGGGGGAAAGCCCCUUUUCUCCCCAUCUUCGCUGCCUGGGAGGGGGGCCGGCGGCUUGGUCUAGCGGAGAGGGAAAGUUCCUCUUUCCACUUUCACUUUUGCUCAGCCCGGAUUUCCCCCCGCCGGUCGGAAAGAGUCCGGGGGCGACGGGGAGGAGCGGGGGGGGGGAGGCAGUCUUCCCGGCAAGGAGAAGGAGAAACGGGCCACCUCCUUCUGUUCAGAAAAGCAGGCGAGUCCCGAGCGGAGCGACACGCGUCUCCGCACGUCUGAAGGCAGGCAGGCAGGCAGGCGCGCGCUGCCUUUUUCAAACCCUCGUGGAACCGCCGUAUCCAAAACAAAAACUCGGGCAGGUCGUUUCAUCCUUCCAAGAACGAUGCCCAGCUGAGAGAAGCCUCAACCCUACCGUCCUUAUGGCUGGAAGGAAAAUGUCAGCUACCAACCACUUUCUCUCCGUUUGUAUAUUUGUGAUAACCUUAUGGAAUUUCACCCACUCGGCCACGGAACAUGAACUUAUAGCGAACUAUUCAAAGAAUUCCCUCUUUACGAUUCCCAAAGAUUUAUCAACCCAAACAUCCGUUCUGGAUCUGUCGGAUAAUAAUCUAUCUAAACUAGAAGUCUCUAAUUUUCGCUCCCUUCCCAAUUUAAAAGUGCUAAUUCUGUCUCAUAAUUUUAUCCAAGACAUUGAUCUAGGGGUUUUCCAGCACAACAAAAUCUUAGAGCACCUCGAUCUAUCUCACAACCAUCUAUGGAAUAUGUCUAGUUUCCCUAUGAAAAGCCUCAAGCAUCUAGAUCUGGCUUACAAUGACUUUGUCACCAUGCCGUUGUCCACCGAAUUCAUCAAAGUCACAAAGCUGGACUAUUUUGGAAUUAGUACUAGAAAGCUUCCAAGUGUCGACGCUCUUGUGCGCUUACAAGCGAAGACCCUGUUUCUUGGCUUAGAAGAUCUUAACGAAGAUGGGCCAGGAAACCCUCUAGUGUUCAUUGCAAAGAGGGUUCAGAUUGUGCUCCCUCAAAGCGCAAAAUUUCGCCUCCUCUUGAAUCUGGGGUUCAUCGGUACAGAAAGUUUAGAACUUUCUAAGAUCCCACUGGGGCAAGUUGAAGACUUAAGAACAUUUCUGUCGAAGCUAACUGAAAAAAGCCUGUUGCUAAAUCUGACCAUAACUGACACGAAAUUCAGUUGGAAAGAGCUCAUUGAUGUUUUUAAGGUAGCGGGGAAAUCCAGCAUUAAUCAUCUAACCUUCUUAUAUCCAACCAUUACUACGUUCAACGCUGGAGCUUUGAAAAAUGCGGAUCUCUCAUUAAAGAGUUUAACCAUCAAAUAUACACUCCUUGACACAGGAACAUUUAACCAGGACAUCGUGUACUCAACUUUUUCAAACUUGAACAUUGACAGUUUGACUAUUUCUGAUUCUGGUAUAUUAUAUGUGAUUUGUCCUGAAAAGCCCAGUCGGUUUAAGUACUUAUGUUUUGAAAACAACACAUUGACUGACACAAUGCUAAGAGGCUGCGAACACUUAGCUAUGCUGCAAACGCUCCUUUUACAAAAGAAUAGACUUGAAGAUCUUACCAGGGUGAGUUUAAUGACAAGCAGCAUGACGUCCCUGAAUUAUAUGGAUAUAAGCCAGAAUAAUUUGUACUACAAAGACAGCGGAAACGAAUGCAACUGGGGCGAAAAUAUAACGAAACUGAAUUUGUCAUUCAACAAGUUAACCGACUCGGUUUUUAGAUGUUUGCCGAACAAUAUCCAAAUUUUGGACUUACAAAGUAAUCAUAUUUCAGCUGUGCCUAAAGAGAUCACUAACCUGACUGCUUUAAAGGAGUUAAACUUGGCUUCUAACAGACUCGAUGCCUUUCCAGGAUGCGGCCAUUUUAGCAACCUUCACGUGCUCAACGUAGAAAAUAAUUUUGUCCUGGACCAGUUUUCUGAAUUCUUCCAGACCUGUCAGAAUAUCCAAAGAAUAAACGGAGGACAUAAUCCCUUCCACUGCAACUGUGAAUUAAGGCAGUUGAUUCAUCUUCAGAAAGAAGAAUCCGUGGCGUUAGUUGGUUGGCCUGAUGCUUAUAGGUGUGACUCUCCCAGCGGCAUAAGAGAAACUCUUUUAAAAGAUUUCCAUAUUUCUGAACUUGAGUGCAACGUGACUCUCUUGAUUAUAGUUGUUCUCGUGGUUACUCUGUUGAUAAUAGCCGUUGUAGCCUUCCUCUGCAUCCGCUUUGACAUUCCUUGGUAUUUCAAGAUGAUCUGGGGCUGGAGCCAAGUGAAACGCCGGAUAUGGAAGAAUAAAUCGGAAGAUAUCUCUGAGAACAUCCAGUAUCAUGCGUUUGUGUCCUACAGCGAGCAUGACGCUCACUGGGUCAAAACUGAGCUAAUUUCCAAUCUGGAGAAGGAAGACGGAUCCUUAAAGAUCUGUCAACACGAGAGGGACUUCAUCGCCGGGAAGAGCAUUGUGGAGAACAUCAUAGACUCCAUAGAGAAGAGCUACAAGUCCAUCUUCGUGCUGUCUCCCAAUUUCGUGCAGAGCGAGUGGUGCCAUUACGAGCUGUAUUUUGCUCAUCACAAGUUAUUCAGCGAGAACGCCGACGGUUUAAUUCUGAUUUUGUUGGAGCCCAUACCGGCCUACCUCAUUCCCGCCAAGUACUACAAACUCAAAGCUCUCAUGGCCAAGAGGACCUACUUGGAAUGGCCAAAAGACAAGAGAAAGCAUGCCUUUUUCUGGACUAAUCUCCGUGCAGCUCUCCAGAUUAAACUGCCAAACCCUGAAGAAAUGAAUGAGCUCUAGGUAAGGAGGCUAACCACCAAAGACAGUGGUGUCCAUCAUUUUUUUCAUGACAGACAAAUGGUUUUUGGUAGCGUAGUUACCAAAACCAAAUUCUCUUUUGGAUCGUGACUUAUAAAGAAGAGGGAUGUCUAACUCAACUUUAUCCGUACCGGUUUUAUAUAUUUUUAAAAAUAUUAAAUUAAUAAUUUUCCCUUUUCUAGUUCUUGCAUUCUGACACGGAACGACACAAAAUCCAUAUCGGAUAUGAAAACAUCUAACAACUACUGUAUAAAGAAAACAAAUGUUGCCAGCAUCCUGAUGUGUAUAUAUUUGAAGACCUUUUAAAAGUGGCUUUUUUUAUUUGGUAUAAUUUCCCUGACUUUUCUCCUUCCUAGUUUUUGUAUUGUGUUUGAUUUUGGCUAGAGUCACCUUGCAUUUGUUUAAAAAUUAUCUAGGUCGGUGUUCCAAAAAUUAAAAAAAAAAAUCAUGAAAAAAAA